ACAGGGAUCUCAACCUUGCUUUUUAAUUAAGACUGACGGUUGAUUAAUUUAGAUUCUACCAUUAAGAGCAGCUUCUUUGAAAAAUGAAUAAAUAUUUUUUUCUAUAACUGUAAGUUGCAUUACUGUGCAGUUCAUACUAAAGUCAUAAGAUAAAGAUGCAUUUUAACCAGUUUAGCUGAAAAGCUUCAUUCUUUUGUGAACACGGGAAAUAAGUUAAACUGUGGCCUCCAUGCUAAUUAAAAGGGUAUGAAAUUUGAAAUAGUGAAAUUAUGAUUCAAAUAAAUUCAUCUUCUCUGUAUCGUGAUACUUUUUUUUACUGUCAUCAGAUUAUUUGCUCCGUAUUAUGAUCUGAAACUGAAUAUACGUUUUCUGCAGACCAACCAAAAAGCUAAUAUAACUGCAAGAAAGCACAAGGUGUAACAUCUGGUAAUGUUCAUUCACACAUCUGAGAAAUCAUGAAACUGGUGUCACUUGCAGCCAUUUUCUUGUGUAUCCUAAUACCAUCGUCUGAGACCAGCAAGAAAUUUGGGGACAUCCGCUGCAAGUGUAUCUGCCCGCCAUAUCGGAAUAUAAGUGGACACAUUUACAAGAACAAUGUAUUGCAGAAAGACUGCAACUGCCUGCAUGUGGUGGACCCUAUGCCAGUGCCAGGACAUGAUGUUGAGGCAUAUUGCCUGCUGUGUGAGUGCAAGUAUGAAGAACGAAGCACCACCACCAUCAAGAUCAUCAUCAUCAUUUACCUCUUAGUGAUUGGAGCUCUUCUACUCUACAUGGCAUUUUUAAUGGUAGUUGACCCAUUCAUCCGCAAACCUGAUCCCUAUACCCAGCCCCUGCACAAUGAAGAAGAUUCAGAGGAUCCCCACUUCUUGACAACGGUACGUCCUUCAGCCAAUGCCAGAGCAAAUACAGUGCUGGAGAGAGUGGAAGGAGCCCAGGAGAGAUGGAAGCGUCAGGUGCAGGAGCAGCGGAAGACUGUGUUUGAUCGGCACAAGAUGCUAAGCUAGAGCUUUUGUUCUAGGUGUGAGCUGCUGGUUAGCUAGGCAAAGUUCUGUUAGCCAAUACGGACCCCAAGCCUGUAGUUUAAAUUUCUUGUACCUGCUGUUUACAAUUGGUUUUGCUUGUUGUCCUCCUCUCCCAGUCCACCCAAGAGAAUAAGCUGCAUUUGAAGCAAGCUUCUGGCUACACAUCCCAUUGAUGAGGAUUGCCACUUGCUUUAUUUGUUGCUGUCAGGAAAAAAAAUAACUCCAAUGUAGCUAUUUGCCUUUAAAAGUUAGAAACAGUUGCAACUUAUAAUCUUCCAAGCAUUGGUCUGGUUUAGUGAUUAAAAAUGUGGCAUGCUUUUAUUUGUUAUUGCUUACAAACCUGUGGCUUGGUUUUUAGCUAGAAGUGGAUGUAUUAUUAAUGGAAUGGGAAUAGGAACAUCCUUUUCAUUCCAUGGACUGUAUGCCAAUAUAUGAGCAUUCGCUGUUGCAAAAUACUUAGAAGUGGCUUGGAUCUAUCUACAAAAGAUUGGUUUGAAAAGUUGGCACCAACAUGGAAAUGUAAUAAGGGAAAUUAAUUUAGCGCAAGGGAGCUACUGUAUUUGGCUCAUAAAUUUUUACAAAUUCUUCCUUCAAGGGUUUUUUCAUGAUAGUUAACUGUGUGCCAAAGAAAUAUGGAGAGAUUAUUUAGCAUUGUCAUAGUUUAUGCUAAGCCAUGAUUAACACAUCACAAGAAUGAUUCUGAAUGAGUUCUGUGCUUCCCUCUCUCCUAAAGAGACCAGACCAAGAGGUUUGUGGAUGCCUCUUUCACAUGCAGAUUUUUAAACAGGCAAGUGCUUACAUAGAUAGCUUAAUUGCUGGCUAGGUUAGAUCUCAGUUUUCACAGUACCUUGAACAAGCAGAGCCAUUGCUGUUCACAGUUUCAUAUGCAAAUGAAGAAUGCUUUGCACAUGUUAACUAUUUAAAGUCCUUUCCUUCAAGAUUUAUUCUUCUACACAGGAAAGAGAUUCGCUAGAUUAUUUUGUGCAAAGAAAAUUGCCCUUCUGCAUGUGGCAGUCUAUUUCAGUAUGCAGAACUGGAUUUCAUUAUCAAAGGAUAUUUAGAGCAGUAUAGCCUUAGAUGUUAAUAUUGUUUCAGUGCCAGUUCAUAUCCCAGCAUUUUUACACAACUGAUACUGCAAUCUGUUGUAGCUAUUUCAUUAUAAAAACUAAUUCAAAAUCUACAGAGGCAGUACCUUUAUUAGGCUGACAGAAGUUUUACAGAGUAGUUGUAGACUUUCAAGUGCCUGAUGAAGACUUCUUGGAAAGUCAAAAACAUGCAACUUUUCAAAUAAUAUUUAAGUUGGCUUAAUAGAAAAUUUCCUGCAUGGAUUUUGGAUUGUUUUCGGCCAACAUGGCUACAAUUACUUAUUUUAUUGUAAUUUUACAAUACAUCUGGCAACAGCUUGCCCAGAUGUUUGGGAUAUCACAUUGAAAUUUGUUUUUAUGAUACCUGUAGCAGCUGGGUCUAUGCCACCAGUUAAGGGAAAGUAGUAUUAACAGUAUGUAACUGUGAAAUGUAAUGUUGUAAUGGUCUCAGAUGCAAAAGACUAAGAGAUCUUGAAGGAUGGACAGUAUUUUUUCUGCAUGGGAAAAUAUUUAUGUAUUAAACAAUCUACUUUAUUUAUCUGUCUUAAAGUAUCUGGCAGAUUGGAUCAAUCUUUGUUACUAUGCAGCAUCUUUUCAUUAAAGAAAAUGUGUGUAACAUUGA